UAUAUAACAUACACAAUUUAGUUCUCAUAUGCAUAUAUCUUUUUGGUAUUUCUCCACCAUGGAGUACUUUCCUAAACUUAUUGAAUCUUUCUUCUGCUACUAUAUGCUCAUAUUUCUUACUAUCAGUAGUACUGUGAUCCCCAUCUUCAGUUUGAAAGACUGCGAAUUUCCAGCCAUCUUCAACUUUGGAGACUCGAAUUCUGAUACUGGUGGACUGUCUGCAUCUCUUAUACCAGCAACCACACCUUAUGGAGAGACCUAUUUCGGUAUGCCAGCCGGAAGAUUCUCUGAUGGAAGGCUCAUUAUCGACUUCCUGGCAAAGAGUCUUGGUCACCCUUAUCUAAGUGCAUAUCUGGAUUCUCUUGGGACAAAUUUCUCGCAUGGGGCAAAUUUCGCCACUGCAGCUGCAACUAUUAGACUCCCAGACCUCAUAAUACCAGCCGGUGGAUUUAGUCCGUUCUAUCUUGAUAUCCAAUAUGUGCAGUUCCUGCAACUAAAAACCAGAUCACAGCUGAUAAGGCAUCGAGGGGGAAUAUUUGCAAGUUUAAUGCCAAAGAAGGAGUACUUCUCCAAAGCUUUAUACACAUUCGACAUUGGUCAGAAUGAUCUUGGCGCGGGAUUCUUCAGUAAUAUGACUGUGCAGGAAGUAAAUGCAUCUGUUCCUGAUAUAGUCACUGGUUUCUCAACUAAUAUUAAGAAAAUAUAUGGUUUGGGAGCAAGGUCAUUUUGGAUCCAUAACACGGGGCCGGUUGGCUGCCUACCAUACAUUGCGGCAAACUUCCCAUCAGCUGAGAAAGAUGAGGUUGGCUGUGCAAAGGCCUACAAUGAAGUAGCUCAACAUUUUAACCACCAGCUGAAGCAGGCUGUAGUUCAACUCAGGAAGGAUCUGCCUUUGGCUGCAUUCACUUAUGUAGAUGUGUAUUCUGUCAAGUACUCUCUUUUCAAGGAACCCAAAAAGUAUGGAUUUGAGCUCCCACUUGUUGCUUGUUGUGGCUAUGGUGGUGGUAAAUACAACUAUAACAGUAGUGCAGAAUGUGGAGCAACAAUUACAGUCAAUGGUAGCCAAGUCUUUGUUGGUUCAUGCAAAAACCCCUCAAAGAGAGUGAACUGGGAUGGUAUUCACUACACCGAGGCAGCUGCAAAAUUUAUUUUUGAUAAAAUUUCAACCGGAGCAUAUUCAGAUGCACCUCUGCCUUUCAAACAAGCUUGUCACAGGAGUUUUGAUCGAACUUUGAACCUAAAUAAGAACUUAGUGAAAUAAAUGUGCUGUCUCGUUUAUAUUACGUAUGAGUUAAAGAUAAGAAAUUAUGUUUCACAAUAAGUUAAAAGUUGAUUCGUUAUGUUUUUAUAUUUUUAA